AUAUAAAAACAAUAAUUUUAUCCCACGGCUAACUCUUCUCGCCUCCGAUGUUCCCGCCUCCGCCGCUCUCGCCACCACCGAGAAGAACUCAUCAACUCAUCCACCUCUUCACCUCUCUCAUCGAUCGCUGCGGAUGCAUGCGAGAGCUGAAGCAGAUCCACGCCCAGUUCACCACCUCCGGCCUCUCCAACGACGACUUCCUCCUUUCCAAGCUCCUCCUCUUCUCCGCCGUCUCCGACGCCGGCGACGUCGACUACUCCUACCGGCUCUUCCAAACGCUCCCCAGGCCCUCCGCCUUCUCCUACAACGCCCUCAUCCGCGGCUUCUCCAAGUCCAAGAGCCCCAACCGCUCCCUCUCCCUCUACGUCCGCAUGCUGCGCGCCGACGUCCCGCCCGACCACCUCACCUUCCCUUUCCUCGCCAAGUCCUGCGCCCGUCUCUCAUCAAUCACCCUCGCGGCCUCCGUCCACUGCCAUGCCGCGAAGCACGGGCUGGAAUCGGACCGCUUCGUGUCGAACUCGAUGAUACACAUGUACGCGUCCUGCGGCGACGUGGCGUCGGCGUGCAGGGUGUUCGACGGAAUGUCCCACCCGAAUGUCGUGUCCUGGAACUCGCUGGUCGACGGGUACGCCAAGUGCGGAGACCUGGCGGCCGCGCGGGAAGCGUUCGACCGUAUGCCGGAGCGGGACGUGGUGUCCUGGAGCGCGAUGAUCGAUGGCUACGUGAAGGGCGGGGAGUACCGAGAGGCGCUGAUGCUGUUCGACAUGAUGCGGGCUCACCCCGCCAGGCCGAGAGCCAAUGAGGUCACCAUGGUCAGCGUGCUGGGCGCGUGCGCCCACCUGGGGGCGCUCGACAGGGGCCGGGUGAUGCAUGCGUACCUGAAGGAGAAGGGACUGCGCUUGAGCCUAGCGCUGGCCACUUCCUUGGUGGACAUGUACGCCAAGUGCGGAUCCAUCCACGAAGCUCUCGGGGUGUUUCGAGAUGUUCCAGUUGAGCAGACUGAUGUUUUGAUUUGGAACGCCACGAUCGGCGGGCUCGCCAUGCACGGGUUGGGCAAGGAGUCGGUGCAGAUGUUCGAGGAGAUGCGGAGCGCGGGUGUGGCGCCGGACGAGAUCACGUACUUGGCGUUGCUGAGCGCGUGCGCUCACGGAGGCUUGGUGGAGGACGCUCGGGGCUUCUUUCGAUCUCUGGAGGAACCGGGCAUGACACCGCACAUCGAGCACUACGCUUGCAUGGUGGACGUCCUCUGUCGAGCCGGGGAGGUGCGGGAGGCCUACGGGUUCGUGAGGACGAUGCCCGUGGAGCCGAGCGCGUCCGUCUUGGGAGCUCUGCUCAGCGGCUGUCGAACCCACGGCUGGGUCGAGCUGGGGGAGGCGGUGGGGAAGAGGCUGAUCGAGAUGGAGCCUGAUCAUGAUGGGAGGUACAUCGGCCUGUCAAACGUGUACGCGGUGGCCAGGCGGUGGGACGAGGCUAAGCUGAUGAGGGAGGCCAUGGAGAGGAGAGGGGUGAGGAAGGCACCAGGUUGCAGUGAGAUUGAGGUGGACGGUAGCGUGCACCGGUUCGUCGUCCACGAUAAAACUCAUCGGCUGUCGACCGAGAUCUACUCCACCUUGAAUCUUGUGGCGGUGCAGACGAAGAUGGAAUACGGCAGCAACGUUCCCGGACUCGUGAUCUGAAGAAGGUGGGAGCAGGCUGCGCACUGCAUUCAUCCAUCAAACAGAUUGAGGUGGUGACUUCGAACCACGUUGCGUUCCAUGGCUUUCGGUAGCUUCAUCUGCUGGACCAUUGACUGCGCCACACGAGAUGGAGGUAUCAUUAUAAUUGUUCGAUAAUAUGCAUGGAAUGCAGAUCAUCGGCCUUGAUAAUAUUUUUUUCUAUGUUUAAGCUCCACUGUUUCUUUCUUUCCUCGAGAGAUAGAGGGAGAGGACUAACCAUCAUUAGAAUAAUAACAAUUCGAUAAAAUGCAGAAUAGGAAUCAUG